UUCUCCCUAUAGCCACUCUAUCCACUCUAUGGCCGCAACCGUCUCUCUGCCUUUCUCCUUAGACCCCCAACCUCACCACCACCGUCUACACCACCACCGCGCCACCACCCAAAUCAAACCCCAUCAAUCCCCAUUCCCAACCCCAAACCCCCCACAACCUCUUCUCUCCUUCCCCAAACCAGGCCGUUACUACCUCCCCCUCUCCUCCUCCUCCUCCUCCUCUUCUUCUUCUUCAGCCCCAUCACAAACCCUCGAAGACCCGUUUCGCACCGGCCGGUUCCUCACCAGCGAAGAGCUCCAAAAGCUCCAAUUCCUCUCUGAGUUCAGUUACCACCAAGAACUGAAAUCUGGGUCUUUAUCCGUUCGAGUAAUGAUGGCAGAGGAGAUGGAUACGGUCGUCGCCCUGCUGGCCGAAUCGUUCGGUGAGUCCAUGCUCCUGCCUAGUGGGUACGUGGCUCUUUUGGGUUUCUUGGUGAAGCAGUAUUUGAUUGAGAGGAGAGCUUUGCUGCCUCACGCUGCCACGCUUGUAGGGUUUUAUAAAGAGGGUGAGGGCGAGGAGUUAGAGUUGGCUGGGACUUUGGAGGUUUUUUUUGACCGAAGGGGUGCUAGUGAUUCUGUCCCUUCGCCCACUCCGCCCAAGGACUCGCCCUAUGUUUGUAAUAUGACCGUUACGAAGCCGCUUAGGAGGAGGGGCAUUGGUUGGCAUCUUCUCAAGGCAGGCGAGGAGCUAAUUUCUCUGAUGAGUUCCUCAAGAGAAGUUUAUUUGCACUGCAGAAUCAUUGAUGAAGCUCCAUUCAACAUGUAUUUAAAAGCAGGUUAUAGUAUUGUUAAGACAGAUAGCAUUUUGAUCCUAUUGACGUUGCAAAGACGCAAGCACUUGAUGCGGAAAGAACUUCAAGUUUCAGACAGCCCUUCAGACUUCUGUGAUUUUAAAGAGGAACUUCCUUCACUAGCAGAUUAGCAAAAAUCAGAACCUACUUAGCUAAGGUACAGGAAAUCGCCACACAAGUUCUACCUCUGCCACAGACUGAAUUACAUCUGUCAUUGGUGCUAAUUAUUUUCUUACUCCCUCUUUGCGUGUCUCAUCUCAUUUGUAUACUAAGUCUAUACACAUUAUAUCCAAGUUACAGAAUGUAUACUGGCUUACCUAUAUGCCUUAAGAGUUUUUGUUCCCUGAAAUUUCUGAAAGUAAACGCGAUCAUUUCUUUGAUUGAUUUUCCUGUGAAAA